AUGAAAUGAGAGAGCGAGAGCAAGAGCGAGAGAGAGCGAGAUAUUGGGAAGAAACCGAGAUACCACCUUAACAACAGAAGAUCCUCCUCUGUACUGGGACUGGGACGAGAGACAGGAGCAGGACAUGGCUGGGUACAGGCCGAGGGUGAUAGUGCUGAGUAAGAAGCCAGGUCAAAGUUUUGGCUUCCUCUUGAGGGUGGAGCAAGGAGAGGAUGGUCACCUGAUCAGGAACCUGGAGAGGGGCAGCCCGGCCAAGCUGGUGGGUUUGAAGGACGGAGACCGCAUCCUCCGGGUCAACGGGACCUAUGUGGACGAGAUGGACCACACACGGGUAGUGGACCUGGUGAAGGAGAGUGGUGCAUCGGUCACCUUCCACGUUCUGGAUGUGGCAUCCUACAAGCAGGCUAAGACUGAGGGGGUGGACCUGUCUGACCCACACACCACACCCACCCAGCACGCCAUGAACGGGGUGGGAGGAGGCGCGCCCAAACCCAAACUCUGCUACCUGUCCAAGUCCAGCGGAGGCUACGGCUUCUCUUUGCGCUCUAUCAAAGAUGAGAGGGGUGACAUGGGCAUGUUCAUGACAGAGGUGGCCCCAGGGGGUGUGGCUGGGAGGGCAGGGGUCAAGACCAACGACCGCCUGAUAGAGGUCAACGGGGAGAACAUGGAGAACGCCACUCAUGACCAGAUAGUUGAAAAGGUCAAGGCAUCAGGCAGCAGCGUCAUGUUCCUAUUGGUGGAUGAGGACACAGACAGGUUCUACAAGAUAAAACGCAUCAGGAUAGGGGCGGGGCUAGCCACAGUGAAGCUCCUCCCACUGAAGCCGCGCAUCGCAGACUUGGUCAAGGGAUCAGAUGGCUAUGGAUACUUCCUAAGGACUGAGCCUAACAAGACAGGCCACUUCAUCAGGGACAUUGACAGGGGUAGCCCAGCCGAGAGGGCAGGAUUAAAGGAGAUGGACAGGCUGGUUGCCGUGGAGAGUGUGGAAGUGGAUAGCUGCAGCCAUGAGCAGGUGGUGGACAGGAUCAGGCAGUGUGGCAGCAAGUGCUGCCUCCUGGUGGUUGAUGAAGACACUGACAAGCUCUACAAGAUGGGAGGUGUUUCUCCUCUGUUCUACUUGGAAGAGAUUAUGGAAUCCCUCCUUCCAGCAACCCCUCCACCCAGCUACCCAGAGAGCGUGUUGGCCCCGGUCCCAGACCCUGUUACCACAGACCUCCUCAAGCUGUGCAAGAUGGAGAAGACCUCCGCCGGGUACGGCUUCCACCUCAACGGUAUACAGGGAGUCUUUGGCCAGUAUGUCAAAGAGGUGGUGAAGGGUGGAGCUGCGGACAGGGCUGGUCUAGAGGACGAAGACAUGGUGGUGGAGGUGGACGGUGUGAAUGUGGAGCAGAGCAGUCACGAGCAAGUGGUGGAGUUGAUCCGUAAGAGUGGCAGCUCGCUGGUACUCCUAGUUGCCGGGAAGCAGGCCAACGACCACUUCAAAGCCAAAGGGGUGGCCAUCACUCCUCAGCUCUUCGUCCCCUCGCCCCAAGCCAGGUCCCCAUCCCCAGCCCCGUCCCCGUCCCUAGCACGAAGCCACACACCAGCCCAGAUAGACACUCCAGCCACUCUGGAGGAGGUCCAAGAGGAGGAAGAGGAGGAGGCUGCUGAGCCAGACACCACGCCGCACCAGGCACGAGAGAGGACUCCAUCUGUGUCAUCAGCAGCAGCAUCAUCUUGCUCGAGCGUUGAUGAGAGACUCUGACAAGUCACCAAUGAGAAAUCAUUUCCUGUUAAGACUUUGUCUGUCUCCCAUCAACCUUUGCACCAUGCUGGAUAAUGCAGGUAUCUCUGCUCAAGAACUCUGAUCAAACUUAAUACAUUUCGAUGACAGAGGCUGGUUUUAGGUAUCAAUGCAAAUCGGUUGAGAAUAGCAAUAAAUAGCCAUUAAUGUAUUGAUCAGUUAGAUAGCACUGUUAUCCAACCAGCGUAUGGAUCAGUAUAAUCUCAUUACGAACACCUGCAAUGUAGACCGAGAACACUAGUAAUGCCAGUUCAAUGUGUUUAACUGGAACAGUAACCAUAGUGAGAGAGGCCUACUGUACACCUUAAUAAUAAUGCUGUCUUUUAAAUAUCAUUAAAAUGAUCAAAUACAUUUGAUUUGUUUUA